AUGCCUCACACUCUCCCUCGCGACGCCGUCCCAAUUAUGAACCUUUUGAGAGGCACAAAGUUGGUGAGUACACUGUCCAAUUGUUUUCGUACACACAAAAAAAAAUACCAUUCGGGAAAAAAUCUAACGCACGAAAUAUUCGAAAAUGAAAAGUGCCUAGACAAAUUUGAGGAUCUCCAGAAAAAUAAAAUAAUUUACAAGAAGGAUCAUAAGGAAUACUUGAAGCUAUACAAAUGCUACAGACCUGGGUAUGCCAAACUUAUUGUGGAGAGAAGUAAUCCUUUCAACUUUGAGAUAUACUGGAAGCUCACAGAACAAUCAUUUGUCUCGGUCAAAAAUGAUGCAUGUAGGAAAGUAAAGAAUUUUACUGAAACGUUAUGGAGGCUGAAGGGACAGUUGUCCAAUCUGAGUGUGCGUUUAGAAGGAAACCAACAGAAUAGGUCACACGUUAGAAAUGUUAAGGAGGAUGGCCAAGUGAAGGGUACCCCGUUAAAUGUGCACUUUGAAAAUAUAUCGGAUGGAGGAAGGCAACAAGAAGAACACGUCGAAAGGAUCCAGGAAAAGACGCUGGCACGUCAGAACAGCCAAAAGGGCACAAAAAAAAAAAACACCUACACCAAGUUUUACAAAAUUUGGGAGGGUUUUCUAUCCCACAAGGAGAAAAACAAUGUAAAGGAGGAAAAAAUAUUCUUUGAAAUUCUGCGGAGAAAUUUUUUGAAGGCCCAAUUUUUUGGUGAAAAUAAAAAAAAAGAUUUUCUGUUUUUCGAAAAUAUAUUAACAUCACUCUUGUUGAGGCCGCACAUUUUUAUAUCGGUUUUGAACUCUCUACAUUGUGUCUUCUUCGACGUCAAGGUGAAUCUCUCACAGGGGAUGGUAUCCACCAGUAGUAGUACUCCCCUACGGAAUGAAAGUGCCCUCCUCGUGAAUAACUACCCCGGUGAGGAGAUUCUCCCUUUUUGCACAUCUCCAACCAGUACACCGCUACAUUUAGUAGAUCCACAAAAGGGAGAGAAAAAUAAUUGUACCUCAAAUGAAAGAACGUACACUUCAUAUGAGGAGGACCGUUCAGACGGAAAAUCUCCAGGGGAGGAGGAGAAUAGUAGGGAAAGAGAAACACUUGGGGAUAUCGCCUCUAAUGAAACCUCCGCUAAAAUCAGGAGGUAUAUUCUAAAUUACCUAUUCAAUAUAUAUUACGAAAAACACAUAGGGCUCCAAAACAUGCAGAAGACAUUCGAACUGCAUCAGGCAUAUAAACUUCGCUACUGUAAAAAGGAGAAGACUGCUUACAAGUUUAUCGCUUCGAGUGAAGUUGAACUUGAUAGCAAUGAUAUCGUUUUAAUUAAAUGCGCCCAAAAGAGUGACUCGUUCUUAGUAGGAGUGGUUAAGAAGGUACAGAGGGCCAGAGAUUUUUGCAUCCUUUUUAUGAAUGUCAAACGGUACAUCUCCGAGAAGAAAGGGGGAGAUGGAACCAAGUUGUAUGAGGAGAUGGAUAUAAAUGAGGAAUACGUGGAGAGUUACCUGAGCAGACCUAGUGGAAGCUCGUACAAUUUGUCCUUUCCAGGGGCUGCGCGCGAAGGAAGCCCCCACACGGAUAACACGUAUCUAGAUAAUGUCAAUCGUGAUAACAUGUAUCGAGAUUAUAUCCAUCGUGAUCGCUCAUGUGGAAACCUUCCGCAACAGCCACCCCACGCAGAAGAUUCCAGCGUCCACGAAGCUGUUACCCUUUCAGUUCACCUCAAUACAAUUUUGAACCGAAUAAAGUACUCCAUGUUGAGUCUGUUUGAGAGGAGCAAAGAGUCAACCAACAGAGAACUAAUACAGCUACUUCUAAAUGAAAAUAAAAAUUCAUCAUCUGUGAUGUCCCCCCAGGAGGUGACGAGCAUGUGUAUCGGGGUUCAUCACGAUGGAAAUUACAAUUUACUUAUCCAAGAAGCUAUACAUAAAUUUUUGGAAAGUCGGAAAAAGGAAAUUCAUUUCUUCGGCAUGCUUAAUAACGACCUUAUCAAGAGUGAUAAAAUUGUUUGUAAAUUAUAUAGAAGGUUGAAAAACAGCCCCGAGGAAUUUACACGCAUGUGCAAUAUAUACAGGAGGUUCGACGUCUACCAGAAGACCAUUUUGCAAGACAUUCUGAUCAACGAAGAGAGCGUGCCCGUACACCUGAUUCAGGGUGCACCCGGGAGCGGCAAGAGCGACCUCAUCUCCUUCAUCAUAUACUUCCUAACACUGGAUCGAAAGAACAAUAUCUUCGUGGGCACAAGCAAACACAUCUCGGUGCAAAACAUACGUCAAAAGUUACUGCACCUUAACCUCUGCCUCAACAGAGACACCAUGCAUAGACCGAACAAUCAAAAAUCAGAUAUUUAUAUAGACACCAUUUAUCAAGCCUUCAAAAUUAAAGAUAAAAAAAUAAAGCACCUAAUUAUCGACGAGGCGUCGAGCUUAUCUGAAUAUAGCAGUCUGAUAUGUUUGAACUUGAAGUGUGAUUUUGUGUACGCCUUCGGUGACGACAAGCAGUUAACAUUCCACAGCUUAAUAAAUGAAAAGAAGAGACUCCAAAUAAAUUACCUUAGUAUCUUCGAAAAAUUAAAACACUACAAAAAUGCCAAGUGUCACAGUCUCCUCAUUCAAUACAGAUUAAUCUUUCCUAUGUACUUAUUUACUUCUUUUUAUUUUUACAACAGGAAAUUAAUUGCAUCGAAAAAAAUUAUGGAUGAAUUCUUCCAGUCGGGAGGUAACGCAUCUACCGUUAUAGGCCCCAAGGUAGAAGGCGUAGGAGAGGGCGUAGGAGUGGACAUAGGAGUGGAAGUAGAGGAGGAACACCCCAUGUACUUAAACUGGAGCCACCUCUUCCAGCAUUGCACAUUCCCAAUUCUAUUCAUCGAUACGUAUCAUGGAGAGUCAAACGAUGAAACAUUUGAAUUAAAAGUUAACUACUCAUAUGUUAACCAAUUUGAGGCACAUAUAAUUAUAAAGCUCGUCCAAAUAUUGAAGUUGGAGAAUCAGAGAAAUGUCACCAUUUUGACUCCUUACACGGGGCAGAAGUUGUAUAUCCAGUCUCUGUUGCAGAAUGGCUACCUGGACAGUAGAACCGAUCCACAUGAUUCCAUAUUUUAUCAUAACGAAAAGGAAAAUAAAGAAACUUGCACAGAUCUCAUGUAUCAGAAGGUGGCUAUAAAAUCGGGAGGCACAAACUUUCGAGGUGAGCAUUCUGUCCACCCCAGGGGUGAUACCGAUUUGGGUGCAGAUUGGAGUCAUGGCCAAAUGUUCGAACUUUCUAAGAAUGGCAAUAGAGGGGGGAGGACGAACGGGUUCAGUGGAAUAUCUCGGGAGGAAAACCUCCUUCACCUUAGUCCAUCUCUUAAUACAUGUAAUCAGAUUAUGUUCGAUACUGAUCAUCCAAGUGCAGUUCCCCUUUUUGGAAAUGUCCUGUCGAAAAGGUUUGGACCAAAUUGUGAGAUAAUGGAUGCAAAGAAUUUCCGUCCCCCAGGGCAGGUACUUUCUACGACAUCCCAACUGCCCCCAAACGGAACCAUCCUCAGUAGGUACAAUAAAUGGGCGAACCGAUCCCAUAGCAAUAACCAACAAGAGAAGCAAAACGCACAAGUAGAUCGAAAUAUUAACAUUCUUCAUGGAAAUGUGCACACAAUAGACAGUUACCAGGGGUGCGAAAACGACUUUAUUAUUAUAAGCACAGUUCGAUCGAAUGACAAAAAUGUGUUGGGAUUCCUAAAUGAUGAAAAGAGGUUAAACGUUCUGUUGACUAGAAUGAAGAAAGGAAUUAUUAUUGUCGGAAAUUCUAACACUCUACGGAAUAAUUUUUUUUGGAAGGAGUUCAUUUCCUUUUUGGACUUUUUCAACUCCAGGAAAUCCGCCUUUACUUUGCCCUUCUUACGCAACUCCAAAUGA